AUGCUGGUCUGCACGUCGCUCACACAUCGCAUGAACCAGAGCGAGACACAGUCGAGAGAGCUGGAAAAGACUUUCAUUCAUCAUCGGGGCCAAAUCAUUCGCUCUUUGCGUGAUAGCAUUAAUGCCCCAUCAAAGAGUACUGGGGAUCUUGUCAUUGCAGGGACAUUGACCCUUUUACUGAUUGAUGUCCAGCAGGGUGCAUCGCAUAAAUCAUGGCGAUAUCAUCUCGAUGCCGUCCGAAAGAUCAUCCGGCUACGCGGCGGCAUGGGUCUUCUGGCUAAUUCACCAGGUGUAGUGCCGUUACUUCUGUGCUUUGUGCUUUUCACCGUGAUUGGAGAUACCACCUCGCCUGCUUCCGACCUGACAAUGGCGCCUGCGCAUUUGGCGGACCUCCAAUUCAUUAUAGAUCAGUACGGCGACACUAGCUUCGCCUUUACCGUGCAUCCCGCCCCUAUCCUGGCCCAUAUCAUGCAAAUCAAUUGCCUUCGCGCCCGAGCUAUAACAACCACUCAGUCUACAGAGCUAACAAACCUAACGCAAGACGCGUACGAAAUCUUGGGCCAGAUCCUAAAGUUCUCUCCUGAACAAUGGGCUCGAACAAAGCAAGCCUCCAAGAAUGACUGUUACCUCCUCGGGAAAAUCUUUCAAGCCGCCGCCGUGGUAUACUGUAUUUCCUCGCUGCAGAGCCUGUCCGUUUUUCCCAUGACGCCUUUUCUGCGAACUACCUGUAUAAUGCAGAGUAGCCAUCUGCAAGAUCUUCUGAAUGAGGCGCUCUCGGGCCCCAAAUUCCAACGAUUUCUGCUAUGGUCGCUGGUCGUGCUAGGCGUGGAAGCGGCCCAUGGUGGCGCCGCCAUGCAGGGUUUUGUGCAGCGGCGACUCGUGGAUAUGCGCCUCCGAACAGGGAUACAUGCCCCUGUCAUUGCUAAGGCAGUGCUAGAGCAAUUCUGGGAUUCCGGAAGGAUAUGCUGGGAUGAUUGCUUCGACGAGCCGCAUGUGUUUGUAAUGCAUCCUGGGUUGGAUUUGAGUAGAUUAUGA